AUGCCAGGUCUGGUGAGCUUGCUUCCGACGGAGAAAGCUCUCAUCGCUGCUAUGAAGCGUCACAUCGAGCAGUGUCAAAAAACUUGGACACGCAGUGCACUCGUAUCUCUACCGCAGCACCUCGAGCUCCUGGAUGUUCCGUCGUCCUCAUCAGAAACUCGACCUGCGGAACCGGUGCUGCUGAGGUUCUUGAGGCUCUCUGUACUCCAAUCCGCAGCUGACGUACUUGGAAGCGUUCGCUGCCCUCGACCUUUAGUCGAGACGGGACUACUUGCCUGGCCCACUGAAGACGACGUAGACGGCGCGGCGGCCAACGUCUGCAGGCUCCAGAAGGCGUACAGCUUGACGGCUGCAGACGUCAUCGCGACACUGUGCUCUCCGGUUCUGGCCGAUAAACUGUCCCCGGACGACGCCCUGUCGCUGGCCGUUCACUGCUCCCGGUGCGAACCUUCAGCAGCCGCUUAUUGGGUCAAACUAGGCGAAGACCGACGCUACGCGGAUUUCUUCGAUUAUCAUCUUCCGGAGCUGGAAUCUUCGUCACCCAAGGCGAAUUCCACCUCCUGGCGGGCUGUCGUCAGUCGGCCGCCUGAGACUCCCGCAAUGUGGCCGUACCGAGAUGCCUUUCGGGAAAAUCAACGCUUCUGCUUUCCCAGCGACACAUCGUUCGGCGUGCUGUGUCGUGACAGUCGGGACUCCGACACUAGACCCAGCGGAGAUUUGCGCUGUUGGCUCUCUUCCGGAAAGCACGGCGCGGCUACUCUCUCGCCCUUCGCAGUGGAAGAGCUCUCCCUCUCGGAGCCUCGACUCUGGCUCGUGCACGACUUCUUGAGCCCCGUUGAGUGCGCAGCGCUUCGUCGGGAAGCUUUCCAGCUCGAGCCUGCCUUGGUUACCGAGGAGGAUGGGCGUGACAACGAGCCGGACACCAGGACGGCGGCGCUCGCCUGGCUUGAAAACAAUGGAACCGCACGGCGCGUCUACCAGCGUGCCGCAGUGCUUACCGGUCUUACGAUGGAGUCCGCCGAGAAACUCCAAGUACUCAACUACGCUGCCGGCGGACAUUACAACGAGCACACGGAUCCCCUGGAAACAGAAGAAGACGAGGGUGACCGGCUGGCCACACUUCUGGUCUACCUAAGCGAAGUAAAAGAGGGCGGCUCCACCGCCUUUCCCAAGGCCAACCUCUCCAUCAGACCUCGUCGGGGGUCUGCGCUCUUCUGGUUUAACCUGAAGCAAGAACCGGCGGCGAGCUCGCGACAGAUAGACUACAGCACCACGCACGGCUCGUGCCCCGUGCUGCGGGGGUCCAAGUGGAUUGCCACGCUCUGGAUACGCGAGUGGUCGCAGCCGUGGGACCUUGACUAUUCGCUUUCGUAGUGAGCAGCUUGUAAGGGUUG